UCCCCAGUCGCGUCCUUCCAGAGGACGCGUGCCCGGAUCGGCGGCGCGGGCUGCUCGCUGUCGCGGCGCUCGCGGGGCCCUAACAAAGCGCCCUUCCCUUGCAGAGCUUCGGAGGCGGCUGGCGCCGGCGCUCCCCAGAGGCCGACGGAAGGUGAGCGCUGUGGGCUAUGGGAUGGAUGAGGUGGAGCAGGACCAGCAUGAGGCUCGACUCAAGGAGCUGUUUGACAGUUUUGACACCCUGGGAACUGGGUCUCUGGGUCAAGAGGAGCUCACUGACCUCUGCCACGUCUUGAGCUUGGAGGAUGUGGCCCCGGUGCUGCAACAGACACUACUUCAGGACAACCUCUUGGGCAGGGUCCACUUUGACCAAUUUAAAGAAGCGUUAAUACUUAUCUUGUCUAGAACUCUAUCCAGUGAGGAGCACUUUCAGGAGGCAGACUGCUCACUAGAGGCUCAGCCCAAAUAUGUUCGAGGUGGGAAGCGUUACGGGCGACGAUCUCUACCCGAGUUCCAAGAGUCCGUGGAAGAGUUCGCAGAGGUGACGGUGCUCGAGCGACUGGAUGAAGAAGCAAAGCCGUCACACAUCCCAGCUGGCGACUGCAGCGAGCGCUGGAAGACGCAAGGCAGUGAAGAGUAUGAAGCCGAAGGUCAGCUAAGGUUUUGGAACCCGGAUGACCUGAAUGCUUCACAUAGUGGGUCUUGCCCUCCCCAAGACUGGAUAGAAGAGAAACUGCAAGAGGUUUGUGAAGACCUGGGGAUCACUCGAGAUGGUCACCUGAACCGGAAGAAGCUGGUUUCCAUCUGCGAACAGUACGGAUUACAGAAUGUGGACGGAGCGAUGCUGGAGGAGGUCUUCCUCGGACUUGACCCCGAUGGCACAAUGAGUGUUGAAGACUUUUUCUAUGGUCUCUUCAAAACGGGGAAAGCCUUCACACCAUCAGCGUCUACUCCCUAUAGACAACUGAAGCGGCAUCUCUCUAUGCAGUCUUUUGACGAGAGUGGACGGCGGACCACAACCUCGUCGGCGAUGACAAGUACCAUUGGCUUCCGGGUCUUCUCCUGCCUGGAUGAUGGCAUGGGCCAUGCAUCUGUGGAGAGGAUCCUGGACACCUGGCAAGAAGAAGGCGUUGAGAACAGCCAGGAGAUCCUGAAGGCCUUGGAUUUCAGCCUGGAUGGGAACGUCAACCUGACUGAGCUGACGCUGGCUCUUGAAAACGAACUCUUGGUUACCAAGAAUGGCGUCCACCAGGCAGCUCUGGCCAGCUUCAAGGCUGAGAUCCGGCACUUACUGGAGCGAGUGGACCAAGUGAUGAGAGAGAAGGAGAAGCUUCGGUCGGACCUGGACAAGGCGGAGAAGCUCAAGUCCCUGAUGGCGUCCGAAGUCGACGAUCACCAUGCGGCCAUUGAGCGGAGUAAUGAGUACAACCUCAGGAAGCUGGAUGAAGAGUACAAGGAGCGUGUAGCAGCCUUAAAGAGCGAACUCCGCCAAGAGAGGGAACAGAUCCUGCAGCAGGUGGCCAAGCAGCGGGUGGAGCUGGAGCGGGAAAUUGAAAAGGCCAAGACAGAAGAGAACUACAUCCGGGACCGCCUUGCCCUCUCCCUGAAGGAAAACAACCGCCUGGAAAAUGAGCUUCUGGAAAACGCGGAGAAGCUGGCAGAGUAUGAGACCCUGACCAGCAAACUGCAGCGCAAUCUGGAAAAUGUGUUAGCAGAGAAGUUUGGUGACCUCGAUCCCACCAGUGCUGAAUUCUUUCUUCAAGAAGAGAGGUUGGCGCAGAUGAGAAGUGAUUAUGAGCAACAGUGCAGGCUAUUACAAGAUCAAGUUGAUGAACUCCAGUCGGAGCUAGAAGAAUAUCGUGCCCAAGGCAAAGUGUUCAGGCUCCCCUUGAAGAACUCGCUGUCAGAGGAACUUGAUGGUAACAGCCGUGGCAUUGAGCCCAACCAAGGGCUUGGUUCUGAAGAUUGCGAUCCGCUGAACAUGGGACUUGGUUCUGAAGAUUGCAAUCCGCUAAACAUGAGCAUUGAGGCCGAGCUGGCCAUUGAGCAGAUGAAGGAACAGCACGGCAGGGACCUGAGUCACCUGAGGCUGGAGCUGGAAGAGAAGGUGCACCAUUAUGAAAAACAGCUGGAUGAAACCAGAGUCACCUGUGAGAAGGAGCAAGCGGCCAUGAAGCAAAAGUAUGAGCAAGGAAUGCACACCUUGGAGUCACAAAUAAGUGACCUUCGAGGUGAGAUCGCCGAUCUCCAAGGGCAGGCCGCGGUGCUGAAGGAGGCCCACCACGAGGCCAACUGUAGGCAUGAGGAGGAGAAGAAGCAGCUGCAGCUGAUGUUUGAUGAGGAGAAGACUCAGCUCCAGGAGGAGCUACGGCUGGAGCAUGAACAGGAGCUCAAGGCCAGGCUGCAGCAGGCGGAGGAACGAUUUCAACAGGAGAGAGAGGGCCUCGCUGGUCGGGGUGCUCCCUGGACCGAGGAGAAGGUGACGGGCUUGAUGAGAGACCUGGAGCAAUCUUACCAGGAGCAGCUGCUGAGCUUGGUGGAGAAGCAUGCUCUUGAGAAAGAGGAGCUGAGGAAAGAGCUCUUGGAUCAUCACCAGAGGGAACUUCAAGAGGGAAGGGAAAAAAUGGAAUCAGAGUGUAAUAGAAGAGCCUCUCAGAUAGAAGCCCAGUUUCAGGCUGACUGUGAGAAAGUCACUGAGCACUACGAACGCACUCUGCAAAGCUUGGAGGGGCGCUACCACCGAGAGCUGAAGGACCUCCUGGACCAGCACCUGGAAGAGAGAUCCCAGUGGGAGUUUGAGAAGGAUGAGCUCACUCAGGAGUGCACAGAAGCCCAGGAGCAACUGAAGGAGGCGCUCCAGAGGGAGAAGGCGACCGCUCUUGUCCUGAACCAGGAGCGGGAAAUGUUGGAGAAGACGUUCAAGGAACGUUUGAACAGCCUGAGCAUGGAAAGAGAUCAGCUGCUGCUAGACCUAGAAGACCUACGGAACACUUCUGAGAACCAGCACAGGCUCUUGUCUGCCCAGAUGCUUGAGUUGAAGACAAGUCAGGAGAGAGAGCUAGGCCAGUCAGGGGCCUCUGAGCAGCUGGCCAGCCAGCAGCUUGAAAGGCUACAGGUAGAGCAUGAGCAAGAGAGGCAAGAUAUGCUAGGCAAGCUUGCGGCCCUGGAGAGCGCCCACAGAGUGAGCUGCGAGAGAGCAGAUCUAGAGAAGGCAGAGCUGAGUGCAGAAAUCCGCAGGCUUCAGAAUACAGUAAAGGGCAUGCAACAGGCGGCCUCUCUCUCGGGCCUUCAGAGUGCUCAUUCCCUGGUAAUGGCAGGGGAGGAGGCGGAAGAAAAUGGAGCCAUGUCCCUGCUUCAGCAAGGGGAGCAGCUGUUGGAAGAAAAUGGAGAUGUCCUCGCCAGCCUGCAGAGAGCUCAUGAGCGUGCAGUGAAGGAAAAUGCAAAAAUGGCCACUGAAAUUUCUAGGUUGCAGCAGAGGUUGAAAAAGCUGGAGCCGGGGUCAGUGAUGUCAUCUUGUUUGGAGGAGCAAAUGGCUGAGAUGUCUGGAAGGUCCAGGGAACACGCAGAGCCAUUUUUAUCACAAGUAAAGCAAGGAGAAAGUGCCCCCUCCAAGCACAUCCUCAGUGACCUAGGAAGCCAUGAGACCCAGGACCUGGGAAGUACAGGGACAGGCUCUGUUCGGAGGCAGGAGGGCAAAACUGAGGAGUCGGAAGCUUCUCUGGAGUGCUUUUCUGAGCUGGAAAACAGUGAGGACACCAGGACUGAAUCCUGGGACCUGAAGAGCCAGAUCAUCCAGCUUCAGGAGCAACUAACAGUCUUACGCGCAGACUGCGACCGGGCUUCUGAAAGGAAGCAGGACCUACUUUUUGAUAUUUCUGUGCUGAAAAAGAAGCUGAAGAUGCUGGAGAGAAUCCCCGAGGCGUCUUCCAGGUAUAAGUUGUUAUUUGAGGAUGCCACUAGAGAAAAUGCCUGUCUCCAGGAGGAGCUGAGACUCAUGGAGAUGCGCUAUGAUGAGUCAUUGGACAACAACAAAGAGCUCGCUGCUGAAGUCUUCAGGCUGCAGGAUGAGGUGAAGAAGAUGGAGGAGGUGAUGGAGACAUUCCUUAGCCUGGAGAAGAGUUACGAUGAGGUCAAAAUGGAAAAUGAGGAGCUCAGUGCUCUGGUGUUGAGACUUCAAGGGAAGAUGGAGAAGGUGUGCGAAAGAGUCCCCCUGCGCUGUGACAGCUACCCCUUGUGGGAAGCCCCUUCAGAAAACCCGGGGGUCAUCUCUGAUGAAAAGGUGCUUGAACUCCAUCAGACUCCAGAAGCGUGUACACCCAAGGUCAUGAGCAUGCACCACAUCAUAGAAGAAUGCAGACAGGAAACUGAAUACUGUGAACAGGGAAGCGCGCGGCUCCUGGCUAGAAUCAAGGCACACGAGAUUGCCUGGUUCCACGGAACAACUGAGCCACAUCAAGAAAAGGCUAGUGUGCAGAAGGAAGUUAUCCUGGAGGAGAGCACUGCUCUCCUAGGCCUUCAAGACACACACCUUCAACAUCAGGUCACAAUCGCAGAGUUAGACCUGGAGAAACAAAAGCUUCAGGAGCUGACUAGAAAGUUGAGGGAGCGAGUCAGUACAUUAAUUAAACAAAAAGAUACCCCUUCUCAAGGAGAGAAGGAGGAAGAGCUGAAGGCCAUGAUGCAUGACUUGCAGAUCACAUGCAGUGAGAUGCAGCGGAAAGUGGAGCUUCUGAGAUAUGAAUCUGAAAAGCUUCAAGAGGAAAAUUCUAUUUUGAGAAAUGAAAUUACUACUUUAAAUGAAGAAGAUACCAUCUCUAGCCUGAAAUUAGAGGAAUUAAAUGGAUCUCAGGAAGAACUGUGGCAGAAAAUAGAAACUGUAGAACAGGAAAAAGCUUCGAUUCAGAAGAUGGUUGAGAAAUUAAAGAAACAGGUUUCAGAUUUAAAAAUCAAAAACCAACAGUUGGAUUCAGAAAACACAGAACUCAGCCAAAAGAACUCCCAAAACAAGGAAGAACUGCAAAACCUUAAUCAACGUCUGGCAGAGGCGCUGUGCCCGAAGAAGGAGCCAGGAGCUUGCAGCCCCGAGAAAUGGGAACAGGAGAACUUGAGUCUGAGAGAAGAGCUGGGACGCUGCAAAGUCCAGACUUCCACUUUAGUGGCUUCUCUGGAGGCAGAACUUUCUGAAGUUAAACUCCAGACUCACACCAUGGAACAGGAAAACCUCCUUCUCAAAGGUGAACUGGAGGAACUGAAGCAACUACACAGAUGUCCUGACCUCUCUGACUUCCAGGAGAAAAUGGCCAGCAUCCUAAGCUACAACGAAAAGCUCCAGAAGGAAAAAGAAGUUCUCAGUGAAGAACUGAACAGCUGCGCUGAUAAGUUGGCAAAAUCAAGCCUUUUAGAGCACAAAAUUGCUACAAUGAAGCAGGAACAGAAGUCUUGGGAGCAACAGAGUGAAAGCUUAAAGUCACAGCUGGUGAUGUCCCAGGAGAAGGUUCAGAAUUUAGAAGACCUCCUGCAGAAUGUAAACCUUCAGAUGUCCCAGAUUAAAUCAGACCUCCAAGUGACUCAGCAGGAGAAGGAGGCGUUGAAACAAGAAGUGAUGUCUUUACGAAGACGACUUCAGAAUGCUGGCGACAAGGACUGGGUCUCAGAAACAGCCCCCCAUCUCUCAGGGCUCCAUGGUCAGCAGAAAAGGCUAUCCUGGGACAAGCUGGAUCAUCUGAUGGACGAGGAACCACAGCUAUUUUGUCAAGAGAGCCAGAGACUCCAGGCUGUGGUUCAGAACACCAAAGCAGACCUCACACACUCCCGUGAGAAGGUCCGUCAGCUGGAAUCCAACCUUCUUCCCGUCAAACAUCAGAAACAACUCCACCAGUCAUGUGCUGUGAGACCCAUCGAACAAGAAAAAUUGGCUUUAAAGAGAGAGUGUGAACAGUCUCAGAAAGAACAGUCUCCUGCUAGUAGGAAGGUCAGUCAGAUGAGUUCCCUUGAGCGAGAAUUAGAAACAGUUCAUUUGGAUAACGAAGGUCUGAAGAAGAAACAGGUGAGACUGGACGAGAAGCUAAUGGAGAUGCAGCCCCUGAGGUCCACUGCGACGCUUAGCCCGUCCUCUCGCUGGGAUCUGCAGCUGCUCCAGCAGCAGAGCUGUCCAGUGGUGCCCAGGGAGCAGUUCCUGCAGCUUCACCAGCAGCUGCUGCAGGCAGAAAGGAGAAGCCAGAGCCUGCAGGAAGAGCUUGACAAUCAGACCUCCGCAACCAACACACCGCAGGCCUUGCUACCGGAGCAGCGAGCGGUACAUGCAGAUUCCACAGAAGGAUUGGGCACCUCUGAAAAAUGGGCUGCUAAUGAUGGCAUUGGUUACCAUGACAGUCUCAAAUGCACAUGCACCCCCACCCGCACGUGUGCACACACACUCCACACAGACAUGAGCUGGGACAUGUUGGAAUCAAGUGCUCUUUCAAAUUUCACCUUCAUAGUAUUGUCUCUUAUUUAUGUAGACAUGAUAGACUUUGUGAGUCAGUCACAAACUUCACCUUGUGACAAACCAGUUUAUUUAUAUGGUUUAGAGAGUGGAUUUAAGAUUCUUGAAAAGAUAUAUUCUAUAUAUAUUUUCUCAUUCUGUAUGUUGUAAUUAUUUUUAAAAGAAGGUAUUACUUUUAUAUAUGGAAUUUGAAGAAAAUCAGGGCUAUUUAUACUGCUUUGUAUAAGAUGUAUCAUACUUUUUGACAGAAAAAAGGAAAAUUUUGGUGGAACAAUAAAGACA